GGUUUUCCGAAACUUACCGCUGGUUUCUAGAGCAACCCUUAGAACGAGGCCGCUCAUCAGAUAUUACCAAAAUUUUUUUUUUUCCUAAUCUUAAAUUUGAGUGCACAGUGUAAACUUGAUAAGAUUUACUAAGCAAAAGCCAGCACCUCGUGCCUGCCUGAGUUAACAAGUGCAGUGAUGCGGUGCUAGUUUCCAGCAUUAUUUAACAAUAGUUCCAAGCGGAACUAUGGUCCCAACAUUGAGUACUAGGUAGAACUAUCCUGGAACUGUUUGAAAAACAAUCUGAAAACAACACUGAAAGCCAGUUCCUUAUGCAUACCUGCCCUGAGGCGUAUGGUGCGGCUAAUAUCCUUAAUAGGUAUUUUACCGAUGUUACGUAGCAGAACUAUUGUUAAAACAUAUCAGGAGCUACAGAACUCUUUGAAAACUAUUGAAAAAGCCUAUUGUUGAAUCACUUUUAAGAGAUUUUGAACAUGUCCCCCAUUUAGGAUGUUCAUAAAGUAAUGGAAGAAACGCCUGCCGACAGAAACCAUUUAUCUUAUAUGGCUUAAUAUAAAUAUAAACCGUCUACUAUAUCAUAUCUUUUACUUUUCAAUAUCUACGUUAUUCUUGAUUACCAGCAGCAUAUUUAUUAGAAGAAUAAUAUUUACAUUGGUUGGGAUUACGGCAUAAAUUUUAUUUUUCAUCUUGCAAAAAGUAUCUAAAUGAUUAUUUUAAAUUGUUGGAUGUUGUAUGAAAGAGUGGGAUUGAGUGGCGCUGUAGUACAUUCUAUAAUUAAACAAAUAUAAUAUUUAAUGUUCAAGUAUUAUUUAUUGAUCGUAAAUUAGGUGGAUAUUGAAAGCUGGUAACAGUAUUGGCAUAAAUAUUACAUUUCGUAAAUAAGUAUUAAUUGUCUUUUCUGUGAGGUAAUUCAUAAUUUUUUUUAUGCCGUGUAAUGGGCACGGUCUAACCGCGGGAUCUAUAAAUGAGAGAAGAAUUAUUCAGACGAGUGUUAAUUAAUUGCGCAUAUCACAAGAACGCAGCUCGUGCAUUAAUGAGGUGGUGCGUUUAGAAAAUUAAGCGAGGAAUGUUACAUCUUUUGAAGCACGGAAAUACCUGUUGCGCGUGUUAUAUGUACAGUAUUUUACGUGGAUAAAUAAUUCUAAAAAAGUUCAGAACCCGUAUGGGCAAUUCUAAUAAUAAGAGACGUCGUCACAGCCAUGGAAAAUAUGCAAGCCAGUUCAGUUGUAGUGAUAUCAUUGGUGGAAGUUGCAGUGGAACAACAGAUGAACUAUACGAGGAAUUUAGACCAUGGUCUCGUGUCUCACGAAGAAGGUGGAGCGAGGGUACCUUAAAUGACCCUUUAUGUUGUGCAAAAACAGCCUGGCCAGUGGCUCGCAUGGAAGCCUUAUUUCUCCCUGAGUUUCAAGUUAGAGGAGAAUCUUUAAAGUCUGAAUAUACUUUUAUCGAUAUCAUUUCCAAGGGUGCAUAUGGAAGAGUGUACAAAGUUCGAAAGAUAGAUACUAACAAAAUAUAUGCCUUGAAGGUAGUAAGCAAAGCACGCAUUGUGGCAGAAGAUGCUGUUAGUCAAGCAAAACAGGAGGUUGCAAUACAAAGGGCUGUAGGCCAUCAUCCAUUCAUAGCAAAUUCUCCGUAUCAUUGGCAGAGCAGAAAAACAUUGUAUCUGUUGACAGAAUACAUUGGUGGUGGAGAGUUAUUCUCAUUGGUCGAAGAAUAUGGUUCUCUGUCAGAGGACAUGGUACGAAUUUACGUUGCAGAAAUCGGCCUGGCGCUUGAUUUUCUACACAAUGCUGGAGUUGUGCACAGAGAUCUGAAAGCAACGAAUGUUCUUCUGGACGACGAGGGACACGCAGUCCUGAUAGAUUUCGGAUUAGCCAAAUGGCUAAGUCCAACCCAAAGAACUAACACAUUUUGCGGCACACCUGAAUAUAUGGCUCCUGAGAUAGUAAAACGUGAAUAUUACGGACACAAGGUGGACUGGUGGUCCCUUGGCGUUUUAGCAUGCUUCCUCCUAACCAAUCAGUAUCCCACUACGGCCGUGAGCAAUCUUAUGUCUGAUAGGAAGAGCCAGGAUUCUUUUGAUCCUGGCACUUUGCCUGCUGAUGCUAAAAUAACGCCAGCCGCCGCUGAUCUUCUCAGGAGAUUGCUCCAGCCCGAUCCAAGGAUGAGGAUCGGAUCGGUUUUGGGACUUCAGCGUGUGGCGUUUUACAUGGGCAGGGAUUUUCAGGAUUAUAAAUCCAAGACGGUAUCGCCGUUCAGAUUGCUCGGCAAGAUUCUUCCAGGAAAAAUUGAAUUGCCCAGGACCACCAAUGACUUUUCGGAUUUCGACUCAUUCGUCGGUGGCAGCACUACCAGAGAGAUACACACGAUAGAAUCUGAUCCUGAAUCUUCCCGUACUGAAAUACGAUGAUUUUUUCCUUUA